AUGCGGCUCGAAGCCGUCGCCUUAUUGGCCUGCUCGGCCCUGUCAUUUGCAUUGACAGUUCCUUUGAAACCCAGGUACAUCAAGCCAGAACAUGGAGUCAAAAUGAAGCGAGUUAUCCUCGAUGCACCGAUGAAUGGUGGGUUUGUGGUUGUGGGCACACCCGCGUUCCUCAACUAUGCGGACGCGAACAGGGAGCGCAUCAAGAAGGCAAGCCCAGGUGCUAAUGAUCGUCAGGUGGAGGAGCUCAUCGACAAGGACUGGGAGAAGCUCAGUCCUGAAGCGCAGGCCGAAUGGAAAAACAAAAAGCCUGCCGGCUCAGAGGCAUCAUCCGGUGGCCCAGGGACGACAACUCCAAAGUGGUCAAAUACCACGACCUCGUCGGGCUCAACGACGCCGACUCCAUUCCUGGGAGCGGGUGGAAACAGGACGACAACUUCUACAUCCACUUCGACAUCCUCCAGUACUUCUUCAAGCUCGCAAACGCCGCCGGCAAUCACACCAGCACCAGAUGUGAAGCCUGGAGGUGCCGGCGGACCACCUGGGCCAACCUCGACUAGCACAUUCUCGAACAGCACAUCGAGCACGAGCACCAGUUCUAGCUCCACGAGCAGCUCUACAUCGUCUACAUCAACAACCAGCUCCACCUCAUCUACGUCCACAAAUCCUGGACCUACCUCUACUGGCACUAAGACCUCAUCAACACAGCCGCCCCAGAACGGACCAACUGGUACUCCCGUCAAACCAGGGUCCAAACUCGGUGACUCUAUCAAUCCCGAAGGGGGAGAUAAGAAUAGUGCUAGCACUCCCAAUGGAAACCCUAGAGUUGGUGUUGGCAACGGACCGACUACUAAUUCAGCUAAACCAGGGUCUAAGCCCGACAUGGGAGAUAAAAGCGGUGCUGGCACUCCCUAUGGAAACCCUGGAGCUAGUGCUGGAAAUGCAGCUGGAGCUGGUAACGGAGGUGGUACGGGUAAUGGACCUGCACAGCUGCCUACUGUGGACGUAGGUAAAGUUGGUCUCGAUGGUAUCCCACAAGGUCUUCCUGGCUCCUGGAAGCCGGAACUACCCCAAGACUUGAGCGCUGUCAAUCCGACCCAGCCUGCUUCCAAGCCGUCUGCUUCUUUACCUGACAGCAAGCUCCCUUCUUCUGGGUCUAUUACCAAACUGCCUCCUGCUGGGCUCGACGACAAACUGUCUUCUUCCGGGCCGGGCAACAAACUCCCUGCAGACAUCAAGAUCAAUCCAGUUCGAGGUGGUCAACUUGACUCUACAGCAAAACCCAAACCUGCACCAAUUGGGGAAUUGGAUGACGGCCAGCUUAUGAUAAAUCCUCCCUCGGGAGGCACGGCCGCACCAAAGCCAAAAGGUCAAUCGCCUGGUCCCUUCGACGACGGAGGAUCUAUAAUCCUCACGCCAGUGGUUGUAGUGGGCCCACCUGACAUUGACGGUCCGCGUGGUGAUCCCCCACGAGGCAUUUCAGGGAGGCCAGGUGGGAUGAUGGACGAUGACGACCAUGACCAGAUGCCGUUCGGCCAUCCCGGGAAGCCCACGGGCAGAGGCUCAUUCCCCAGUCCGUCAAAGGGCCCACAGGGCAAGAAACGGCCGAGCCCGGCGGUGAUUGGGGAAGAUACCCCGGUCACGCUCGAGGACCAUGAUGACGCGCCGCUUGGUAGGAAGCAACGAGGCAAGCCCACGCGCGGCGGGGAUCGAGAGGUUGUGCUCGAGGAUGACGACCUACUAGAUAGGCCCCUCGCCCGUCCGCACGGUGGCAAGAAGAACAAGAAGGGUCCGGGUCUCAUAAGCGUUGACAUAGUUGGCACGAUGAAGCACAGCAGUUGGCGCAGGGAUGAGAGGGCUCAACGGGUUCGGAGGCGAGAGGUGUCUGAGGUGUCUCAUGAUAGGAGACAUGUUCGCCAUCAAAACAGGAAACGGGAGCAGCAGCAGCAUGGACAUGGGAUUGCUCGUGGGUAG